GAGCAGUGGUUUAGUACCUGGGCUCCUGCAGGUGUAUAAGAAGCCACCCUCACGUCCUCUCAGACACCGUCAGACACCGUCAGGUGGAUAAAUCUCAGACACCGUCAGGUGGAUACAUCAGGUGACAUCAUGCUUCAGCUGCUGCUGCUGGCCGCGGUGCUGCUGGGGGGAUACUUCGGACUCACUCAGACCCUCUUCAAGAGGUCCAAAUGUAAAGGGAACGCUGCCAUGGCGGGAAAGACCGUCAUCAUCACAGGAGGAAACACCGGCAUCGGCAAAGCCACGGCUCUGCACCUGGCGAGGAAGGGGGCCAGAGUGAUCCUGGCCUGCAGGAACCGGGACAAAGCCGAGGCGGCCAUCUCUGACAUUAAACAGGUGAGAGGAGGAGGAGAAGCGUCCACACAGCUUGCACAAUAG